AUGGCGCGCGAUGCCAAGCGCAAGGCAGACGACGUCGCUGCCGCUGCUGCUAGCAAAACGGCAGCCACAGUGAGCUCUAAGUGGACCGUGACGAUCAACCUGACGGCGCUGAAGCGUCCUGUGAACCCGCCAACGUCGGAGGAUUACAGCGAAUGGAGCCUGGACCAGCUCAAGUUGGAGUGCACGGCCCGCAAGCUGAACGUCGUCAAGAACACCAAGAAGGUCGACCGCGCCAUGAUCCUCGACGCCUGGGACGCCAACAAGGGUAGUGUUGAGGCUUUGCUGCUGCGUCAGCAGCAGCAAACAAAAGGCGGGGGUGGCGUGGAAUACAAACGCACCAAGGGCUGCAUGUUCAGAUUGCUGAACGUGGUGUUCUCAGACCACUUCUUCGAGGCAUUUCUCGCCACCGGAAAUCAACUCUCGCGCGAGGAGAUUGAUCAAGGGGGCUGA